AUGACGCAGUUUUUACCCCCGAACCUUUUGGCCCUCUUUGCCCCGCGGGACCCAAUCCCUUUUCUUCCUCAACUUGAGAAGUUGCCACACGAGAAACACCACAACCAACCGUACUGUGGCAUCGCCCCGUUCAUCAGGCACUUCGAGGAUCCUAGAGAUGCCCCUCCACCAACAAGGGCAGAGACUCGUGAAGAGAGGUUGGAGAGAAAGAGGCGAGAAAAAAUUGAAAGAAGACAAACCGUGGUGGAGACGGAACUGAAACUUUGGGACCCCCAUAAUGACCCGAAUGCACAAGGGGAUGCCUUCAAGACAUUGUUUGUUGCUAGAGUGAACUACGAUACCACAGAGUCCAAGCUACGCCGUGAGUUUGAAGUUUAUGGCCCUAUUAAGAGGAUCUACAUCGUCUACAACAAGAGGACGGGGAAGCCUCGUGGAUAUGCCUUCAUUGAGUAUGAGCACGAGCGCGACAUGCAUUCUGCCUACAAGCACGCAGAUGGCAAGAAGAUUGACGGCAGGAGAGUGUUGGUGGACGUUGAACGAGGACGCACUGUCAAAGGAUGGCACCCUCGUAGACUAGGUGGAGGAUUAGGAGGGACCAGAAGAGGUGGUGCAGAUGUCAACAUCAAACACUCAGGCAGAGAUGAUGCAUCUCGCUAUGAUGAUCGCCCCCUGGGAGGUGACCGUGAUCGGGGAGACCGUAGAGAACGUAGUCGUGACAAGGAGAGGGAGCGUCGGCGGUCUCGCUCCCGCGAACGGCGCCGCCACACCCGGUCCCGCGAGCGCGAAAGGGAGAGAGACAGACAGACGGCGCCGGGCGAGGACGGCUCCGCUAGCAGUCGGCGCCGAGACAGAGAGCGCGAUCGCGGCGGUCAGGCCGGAGGGGAUGGAAAGAGUAGAGAAAGGAGCAGGGAUCGCGAUAGGAAAAGGAGGAGUAGGAGUCGGGAUCGCAAGCGUGACCGUGAGAGGGCCAAGGGGCCCGAGGGUGAGGAUGUCAACCAGGGAGAAGGUGGCCCCGAGGGCGGCGAGCGUUUACCGGAAGAAGGUGAGGGAGAAGGAGGAGAGGGGACAGAGGAGCGCAGAGACAGAGAUCGAGAAAAAGAUAGGGACCGCAGGCGCAGCCACAGGGACAGAGACCGGCGCAGUAGGGGAGACCGAGACAGGGAUCACAAGAGGGAGCGAGGAGAUCGAGAUAAAGGUGAGCGUAGGGAGGAGCGCCACGGCGCCUCGCGCGAAGACAUUGCUCCUCAAGAUGAAAUGGCCAAUGAAGAAGGAGCAGAACCGCCCAACAUGGAGGAGUACAGUCAAGACGGAAUGAUGGACCAGCAGCCUGUACCCGAAGAGUAUGCUUCAGGUGAGAAUGGUUACAAGAUGGAGGCAACAACUGGAGAAGAGUACUAA